GAGUCCAGAAGUGUCAGCGCUGACUGUUUUCAGAGAGUAAACCUGCAGAAAGGAGGAAGCGACAUCUGGGUUGACCUCAGGCUUACCAAACCAACACUUUCCUUCACUCGUUAACAGUCAUUUCUUAAUUGUCCUCCAGUUUGUCUGUUUUAAAAGUGAGAAAAUGUCUUCGAUGGACUUGGAGAAGCUGAAGAUGACGGGAGCUGGUCGAGCCAUAGCGGUGCUGACCAGCGGAGGAGAUGCACAAGGGAUGAAUGCUGCUGUCAGAGCUGUGACAAGAAUGGGCAUCUAUGUGGGAGCGAAGGUCUAUGUUAUAUAUGAGGGAUACCAGGGCCUGGUGGACGGGGGAGACAACAUCAAACUGGCACACUGGCACAGUGUGACCAACAUCAUCCAACAGGGUGGGACUGUGAUUGGAAGCGCCCGCUGCAAGGCCUUCACCACUCGGGAGGGGAGGCUUGGCGCUGCCUUCAACCUGGUGAAGAAAGGCAUCACUAACCUGUGCGUGUGCGGUGGAGACGGCAGCCUCACAGGAGCGAACAUUUUCCGCAGUGAGUGGAGCGGCCUGCUGGAUGAGCUUGUAAAGAAAGGGAGGAUCACAGACACGCUGGCCAAGCAGCACGACCACCUGAACAUCGUGGGUCUCAUUGGCUCAAUCGAUAACGACUUCUGCGGCACAGACAUGACCAUCGGGGCCGAUUCUGCACUGCACCGCAUCAUGGAGAUAAUUGACGCGAUCAUGACCACUGCACAAAGCCACCAGCGCACUUUUGUUCUGGAAGUCAUGGGGCGACACUGUGGAUAUCUGGCCUUGGUGUCUGCACUGGCCUCUGGAGCAGACUGGCUCUUUAUUCCAGAGCUUCCUCCGCUGGAGGGUUGGCAGGACCGUAUGUGCGCCCGUCUAGAAACGAGCCGCAUCAAGGGAUCCAGGCUUAACAUUAUCAUCGUAGCAGAAGGUGCAAUCAAUAGAAAUGGAGAGCCCAUAUCCACAACUUACAUAAAAGAUCUGGUAGUAGAGAGGCUGGGUUACGACACCAGAGUGACAGUACUCGGGCAUGUUCAGCGUGGAGGAACUCCCUCAGCAUUUGACAGAAUACUGAGCAGUAAGCUGGGGGUGGAGGCGGUGGUGGCUCUGAUGGAGGCCUCUCCUGACACACCCCCCUGUGCCAUCGGCCUGUCGGGUAACCAAGCUGUCCGUCUGCCUCUGAUGGAGUGUGUUGAGAUGACUAAGUUGGUGCAGAAGGCCAUGAAUGAGAAGCGGUUUGAAGAAGCUGUUAAACUGCGUGGAGGGAGUUUUGAAAACAACUUGAAUAUCUACAAGCUCCUUUCCUUCCAAAAGCCUUCCCAGGCUCAGAGCAAUUUCUCUUUGGCUGUUCUGAACGUGGGAGCUCCUGCUGCAGGGAUGAAUGCAGCCGUGAGAUCUGCCGUGAGAAUAGCGAUGGCUCAAGGGCAUAAGGUCUAUGCUGUCCAUGAUGGCUUCCAAGGACUCGCCAAAGGAGACGUUUUUGAGAUGGAAUGGCACAAAGUGGCAGGAUGGACCGGACAAGGAGGAUCACUACUGGGAACCAAACGAACUCUUCCAAACAAACACCUGGGGAAGAUUGUGGAAACCAUCACCAAGUUCAGCAUCUCAGCUCUGCUUGUAAUUGGAGGGUUUGAGGGUUACGAAGGUGUGCUGCAACUGUUUGAAGCCCGGGGUCGCUACGAUGAGCUCUGCAUCCCCAUGUGUGUAAUCCCUGCCACCAUCAGCAACAACGUCCCCGGAACCGACUUCAGCCUCGGAGCAGACACGGCCGUCAACGCUGCCAUGGAGGGUUGUGACAAGAUCAAGCAGUCAGCCAGUGGGACCAAAAGACGAGUGUUUGUGGUGGAGACAAUGGGGGGAUUCUGCGGCUACCUGGCAACCUCUACAGGCAUAGCUGUGGGAGCUGAUGCUGCCUAUAUCUUUGAAGACCCCUUCAACAUCCAUGACCUGAAGACCAAUGUGGAGCAUUUGUCUGAAAAGAUGAAAAAGGACAUCCAGAGGGGUCUGGUGCUGAGAAAUGAAAAAUGCCAUGAGAACUACACUACAGAUUUCAUCCACAGGCUGUAUUCAUCAGAGGGGAAGGGCAUCUUUGACUGCAGAGUCAACGUGCUGGGACACCUUCAGCAGGGAGGCUCGCCUUCUCCUUUUGAUAGAAACUUCGGCACCAAGUUGGGUGUGAGGGCUAUCCAGUGGCUUUCAGAGAGAAUGACUGAAAACUUCAGACAAGGUCGCGUGUUUGCCAACUCACCAGACACAGCGUGUGUGCUCGGUCUAAACAGGAAGGUCAUCUCAUUCAUCCCAGUAACUGAACUGAAGGAAGUGACUGACUUCGAACACCGGAUGCCAAAGUUCCAGUGGUGGCUUACACUUCGGCCGCUGCUCAAAAUGUUGGCCAAAUACCAAACCAGCUUCUGUGAAUAUGUCCCCGGAGAGAUCGAGCAUGUGACUCGACGCUCCAUCAGCAUCGACUCUGGGUUUUAGGCUCUCUGACAAGGCAAUAUUCUCUGUGCACUUUCAACCCUUAUCCUACUCAGAUACUACGGAGCUUUACCUGGAGACAGGACGCAAGACUUUAAAACGUAACAUUGAUCUCAGUGUGUUCUUGUAUCAUAGUAGCUACUGAAUGUUCAAUCAUGUAAAAAAUGUACUUCAAGAGUUCACAACAUAUUGAAUGAGAUUCAACAGUGCUGGUUUUGUUUUGUAAUGUGCAACAGUUAAGCCUUUGUAUGGUCAAAUCACUGCAUAAAGACAACCAGGUCCGCCAUGAAGAUGGAAUUGUAUUAAUUUACUACAGAAUUUAUUUUCAAAAACAUUUGAGGUAUGUGGUUUAAUGGUUUUUGUUUGUUUUACUUUCAAUGUCACAAACCAUAAGUAAAAUAAGUUUUUGUAUUUA